AUGUGGAUUACUGCUGCUAGACGUAACUGGUAUCGUAAAUGGAUUCUUGGAAAGAAUGCGAAUGAUAAGCCCAUCGAAGUUGUUUGCCGCACUGAACAUGAUGGAGUCAUGGCCGGUCCUGCCGGAGAUGUGCAGUUCUUGACAAUAAAGUCAUUCAAUGAAUGGGAUAGCUCGCAAUCAGGCGGAGUAGAUUGGAGAGUCAAACUAGAUGGGCAGAAAGGAGCCGUUUUGGCAACUGAAAUUAAGAACAACAGUUGUAAACUAGCGAAGUGGACAGUGCAGGCGCUGCUGGCAAAUUCGGAUGCUAUCAAGUUCGGUUAUGUGUCACGUGUGUCUGUACGUAACAGCGCACAGCAUUUGAUUCUGGGUACGCAACAGCUACGACCUGUAGAAUUUGCUCAAAACAUUUCGAUGAAUAUGGACAAUGGAUGGGGUAUACUACGUUGUAUUAUUGACAGUUGUAUGCGCCAACCACAAGGCAAAUAUCUGCUGAUGAAGGAUCCCCAGUCACCAGUGAUAAGGCUUUACUCACUACCUGAAGGAACGUUCGAAAGUGAACAGGAUUCCAGCGAUGGACAACCAGGGGACUCGGAUGACAAUUAG